UACAACAGACUUAGCCUUUAUUCAGUCUGACACUUCUUCAGAUGCAAGACAACAUGGGGGUCGCUGUGCUUGGCCUGAGACUCUUGGUGUCUGUGUCGUUGCUGCUUCCUGCCCAGAGUCACAACUAUACUCUAAAAGCAGGUGCUGCUUUCCCUCACAUUGACCCCCAAAGACUGCACUUCUUUGAGUAUGAAUACAUAACAUUGAACUGUGAGGGGUUCACCGGCUCAACUGAAUGGAGAGUGAUGAAAAAUAAUCCACUAAAGGCGACUGGAUGGGAGAACUCAGUAAGAUCGCUGAGUAUCGGUCCUGCUUUUGAAGUCCACAGCGGAGAAUACUGGUGUGAAAAUGGAGAGGGGGAGAGAAGCAACGCUCUCAACAUCGUGGUCACAGCUGGUGAUGUGAUCCUGGAGAGUCCUGUUCUCCCUCUGAUGGAAGGACAGACUGUCACUCUGCGCUGUAAAAAACGGCUUUCAUCCAACAACUUUGUCGCUGAUUUCUAUAAAGACGGGGGUUUCAAAGAGACAGGAUAUAAAGGCAAGAUGACCAUUCACAAUGUCUCUGUGUCUGAUGAAGGACUCUACAAGUGCAGUAUCUCUGGAGCUGGAGAAUCACCGGAGAGCCGGCUCACUGUCGGGGCAUACAUUGAACAAGAGACUCCUCCUCCUCCCAGGCGUGGUUCCAGUCACAUCACCACAUGGUUAUCAGUUUUCUUCAGCGUUUGUUUUGUGGCAGUGCUGCUCUCAGUGGGAGGACUACUUCACUAUAGGAAAUCUAGAGGUUUUCAAGCUGAAGAUAACAAGGAGACAUUGAAUGUUAUGAGGACAGAGAGAAGAGGGAGAGUGAGAGGAUUCUUCUCUCAUGGAUCAACAACAGAAUCAGCCCAAAUUUAUGAAAACGUCAGUGUGGCUGAUCAAGACAUGAGUGUGUAUGCCAACGUCCCAAGGAAUAAAAACAAACAAGGUCGUCAGGGUCAACAUAAGAAGAAGACAGUAGGAGCUUUAACCACAGCGAGACAGACGAGAGUUUCAGGAGAGUCAGUUUUACCUGAUACUAAAAGAUCACAGCAAAAGACACACAGAGGUUUUCAAGCUGAAGAUAAAAAGGAGACAUUGAAUGUUAUGAGGACAGAGAGAAGAGGGAGAGGUCACAGGGAGCAGAAAUACUAACAGACGGUGGAGAAACUCUUUGAAUCUGUGAAAGCUGUGUGUAAUGUUUUAGAACUAUUUCAUCUGUAAUUUUGAUAUCCAUGAUGUUCUCAACAUGCAGAAAGAUGCAUCAAGAAGAUAAUGUGUGUUAUUAUAUGUGUGUGUGUAUUUUUAGUGUGUUUUUCUGGUUGUCCUCUCUGCACAUGUUUGUAAGUGCUGCUCAAUUAAAAGUAAGGAACCUCAAAAUCAAUCGAAAUGCUCUUAAUGGUCUUCAAACCUGUUGAUCAAAAUGUUUGAUUUUAAAUGUCAG